AUGGCAUAUCUAAAACGAUAUAAUGGUAUAAGUCCCCAUUGUGCGACAUUAUUUCUUGAUAAAUUUGCAUUUCGAGAUCAAGAUGCACGACAAGAAAAUAUUGAAGAUUUUACAUUAAUUAAUGCUAUUGCAUCAUCCGAUAAUGAUAAAUUGGAUGCUGAAUUAGAUAAAAUUAAUAUGCAACUAGCAGAUAUAUUACGUGGUCUGGAAUUGAGAAAACGUGCUUAUUAUGUUAAUAUGCCGAAUGUUGUGUAUAUUGUUGGAGGUUAUCUAUUUGAUCCAAUUCGAAAAGAACGUCGAGCACCAUCGAAUGAUUGGAAAUGGGAUAUUGAAGAAAAAAAAUUAGAAAAAAUUCCUCCUUUACCAGGUCACGGACGUAUUAAUUUUGGUAUUGCAGCUAAUAAUGGUGGAAAUAGAUAUUGA